AUGGCAGAGUGCACAGAAAACUCAGGUGAGGCAACUGUUGAAAAUGUUGACGUGGAAACUGUUGUGGAGGGAAGUGUUGUAGCAGAAGAAGGAACUGGUCUCGUUGAAGAAAAUGUUAAGGAUCACAAUAAGCCAAUCUCGCAAAAUUCUAACCUUAGUGAAUGGGAAGCCAGAAGGUAUGGAACAAUGACUGCAAGGAUUUUGCGAGAUACAGAAGAGCAAGAUAUAGAAUAUGCUCCCACUGAGCAUUCAAGAUACAACAGUGAAGUGGCAGUGUCUGCCCUCUUGAAUAAUGGAGUCAGCUUCCACAAAAACAUAAAACUAAUCUCUUAA